GGAUAAUUGAUCCUUACAAGGUGGAGGCGAAAUGACCAUCUCCUAGGCCUAGACUGGGGGAUCCCAGCUUAAUCAACACUCAAGAGAGACGAUCGCCCUGGGCUUGAUGGAAACCUAGGUCAAAUCCUGGGGGGCUCUCGUGGACCCUUAUACCCCUGCUCCACCGUUCCUCCUGGUCCUUUAUCAUGCCCAGCUCAGACAAUGAAUGGGCCAUCCAACAUCAGCAAGGAUGCGGGGUCUUUCCCUCAAAGAAGCCCCGUGUCCACCCCGCGCGAACCUCUCAAUCCUGAGCCAAGCAAAGAGAACACAGACAAGAGUACCCGGAGAAAGGCUUGCGAUACAUGCCAGCGCAGGAAAAUCAAAUGCGAUCUGUCCACCAAGGCCAGGUGUUCGCAGUGCGAGAAAUUGGGCAUCUCCUGCACUCGAAACAAGCGACAUAAAGCACAACUGAGAAGACAGGCGAUGAUCAAUCACCUGGAAGGAAAUCUCGAGCGCAUGGAAUCCCGCUUGCAGGGUCUCGGCUUCACUGUGGGUGAUAAUGAUCUCCCAAGUAGCUCGCCCCCCUCGGAGAUACUAGACGACAUUCCGACGUUCCCAUGGCCAACCCAGAUAGCGGAAGCUACAAACGACACGGAUUUGGAGCAUAUCUAUACAAGCCCGCAGCCUGAGGCUACUAUUCCCGCCGCAGAGGAAUCUCCGAUUCCAAGCAUCCCCCAGCUGUUUAAGCACUUAGAUUACCCACCAGCGAUAUCUUCAUGCUUUAACGUUCCAAGAUACUUGGGUGGCAUACUGAAUCCGGGAUCUUUCUCAUUGAUCUCUCCGGAGGGUUUGGAGUGGAUAGCCCAAAAGACAGGCGACGAACCUCUGGAUCACCUUACACAAUUGGUCUCGACGGAGGAGCACGAUGGCUUUGUCGCCGACUAUCCGCUUCACUGUGUGUCUUCGCGGAGGGUCUUCUGUCCGCUACCACCCCAGGAGGACAUCGUACACCUCCUCCAUCACUAUAUGGAGUACUUCAACGCCAUGUUCCCCGUGUUCAGACAGUCGGAUAUCUUAUUUCUCUUUCCCGGAGAGCACGUCGACAUCCGUUCUCAAAGCCCGGGCCAGUGGGCUUGUAUUAACGCGGUCCUCGCAGUGUCCUACAUGCUUCCUCAAAAUGGGGCGUCUCCCCAAAUCGGCCAUCAGAAAAGUUGGUUAUUCUUGAAAAAUGCUUUGGAAGCUGUUGGGGAGCUGUAUCUGGGUCCACCAGAUAUCCAAGGUCUUCAAGCUCUUCUGGUGAUGGCUAUCCUUUUUCUAGCAGCGUCCGCUGCUCGCCCAUGCAACUUUUUAAUUUCCGUCGCUAUACAUAUUAGCGAUCAGCUAGGCCUAGGGAGGGCAGAGGACGUUUCGACGUUUUCCGUUGAAGAGACACAGCAUCGGCAGACGAUCUUUUGGUUUGCUUAUUGCCUCGAUAGAGAAAUCUCGUUUCGUUUUGGCGAACCUCCAGUGCAAAACGACGAUGCAAUCAGUGCAGCUCUCCCUACGGAAGCUCCGACUUGUGACAUCUAUUCCAUGCCAACAAGCGACCAGCCAGGGAGUUUCAGCGCCUUCCGGUCGGUCUGCGAACUCGCCCGGAUCCGAGGCGAGGUCUACCAACAUCUCUAUUCCGCUUCGGCCGCGAACAGACCGUUCCAUCAGAUACUCGCGUCGGUCGGGCAGCUUGAUGAGAAACUCCAAACGUGGAAAAACAGCAUCCCGUCCGAAUAUCAGCCGGAUUCCCAAGCGGUCACACCGUUCCGACAAUCACCGGUCUCUUUGAGCCUCCUUCACAUCCAUUACACGUACUACAACUGCAUGAUUGCCAUCCAUUCUCUCAUCGCCGCUCGGGGUAUCAAUUCAGCUCAGGAUUUAACGGACAACCCUGCUUUCUCCAUCCAGCCCGGCUCUUUUGCAAACCCUAGGGUAUUACUGUCGGCAUCCUUGACGUCUAAAGCCGCCCGUGCUUCGAUCAACUUGAUGAAAUAUCUCCCACAGGAUGACAUCACCCUCGGCAUCACGAUGUAUUAUCCCACGGUCGCAUUGAAAACACUCGCCUCGAGCAUCGUUCGCAACCCCCGUGACACAUCCCAGAUCUAUAAUAUGAGGAUUCUGGAUCAGGCAGAAGCUUUUCUAUCAUCGACCACUCUGAGUGCUACUAGUGAAGGAAUGCGACGUCUGGGAAAGCAUUGUGCCGAGUAUCGCUCGGUUGCUGAGCGGGCCAUGAAGGAAUCUUAACACAUUUUCCACGGAGUUUUCGAGUGCCAACUCUGAACACGACUAAGCCAUAUGCGCUUAUCCAUAUCUAUACCCAAUUCUCUAUCAAUAUACUUCUUCACACCCUAGAGGUGCGAUCAAUAUGCCUUUUUUUUUUUUUCUGUCUUCCUGUGAUCGCCUCAAUUCACAGUUAGCGCGUCUUUCGCGGCCACUGUAGACGACUACACACACUUUCUUGUUUGACGUUGGGACAUCAUCUACCUUCUACGCCCAGAAGCCACUUGGAAUAUCUCUCUUUUGGUCUACGGGCUAGUAAUCUUUCACAUUGAAUGGCAGAGUUCAUAGCAGUAGACUAAAAUGAUAUAUCGCACCUAUCUGGAGAACAGACGGAGAGAUAUCUCCCAACAUUGAAUGGCGGGACUACCUAGCAGUCAAUGGAGACUAACAAUAGAAAAUAAGAUCGAAGAAACGAAUGAGA